ACCGCAGCACCUGACGGGCCUCCAGCUGGUCUCAGAUCUGUGUUCAGGGGGUCUGCAGGGGGCCACCAUCGGCUCCACAGACAUCAGCCUGACCCCCGGGAAGCUGCGGUCCGGGAGCCACACGGCGGACACUCAGACCGCAGGGAGUGUGUGUCUGCUGCUGCAGGUCGCUCUGCCCUGCGCGCUCUACGCCGACGGYGUCUCAAAGUUCUGCCUGAAGGGAGGAACCAACGCAGAGAUGGCGCCUCAGAUCGACUACAUGCUCAAGGUCUUUAAACCAGUUGUUGAGAAGUUUGGAGUUCACUUUGACUGUGAUGUCAGGAUGAGGGGCUACUACCCUAAAGGUGGGGGGGAGGUCCUGGUCACGGUGGACCCGGUGAAGGAGCUGCAGCCCGUCACGCUGACGGAGCGAGGAAACAUCACAAAGAUUCAUGGCAGAGCGUUCGUGGCCGGAGUCCUGCCCUUCAAAUUGGCGAAAGACAUGUCGACCGCCGCCGUCCGAACCAUCAGGAAGGAAAUCAAAGAGCUUUACAUCAACAUCCAGCCGCUGCAGGAGAAGGAGAAGGCGUACGGGAACGGCAGCGGCAUCAUAAUUAUUGCYGAGUCAUCUUCAGGUUGUCUGUUUGCUGGAUCUGCUCUGGGAAAGAAAGGUGUGUACGCAGAUAAAGUGGGUAUAGAAGCUGCUGAGAUGUUGCUGAGAAACAUCCGACACAAUGGCUGCGUGGACGAGUUCCUGCAGGACCAGCUCAUCAUCUUCAUGGCGUUGGCGAAGGGAACGUCUCGGAUUCGGACCGGCGCCGUCACGCUUCACACUCAGACGGCCAUUCACAUCGCAGAGCAGCUGACUCAGGCCAAAUUCACGAUAACAAAAUGUGAGGAUGAGCCGAGCAACACCUUCAUCAUCGAAUGUCAAGGAUCAGGAGUGGUUAACCCCAAGCUGUAGUACAUACACACACACACAGACACACACACUCUGCUGGACUCGUAGCUGSUCACAACCCUCUUAGUUUUUGCCUCUCAGGGUUUUUUCCUUUAAAAAUACUGUAAGAAGUAAAUAAAUAAAUAAAUAAAUUCUCCCCAG